ACGCCCAUCGCGGCCGCUCUCUACGCGGAGCGGGGAGGAGACGGAGGGAGAGGGGCCCCUGUCGCCCUCCCGGCCGGCUGCGAGCAGGAACUGGAGCCUGAUCCAUUGCUUCGCUGGAGGCACCCGGGCGGGCGCCCUCCCUUUCGGAGCGGCCAGCGCUGCGCCCGCGUCCUGUGCGGUUGAAGAUACCAGAUGGGCCCAGGCGCAGCCUGUGGAUGGAAGUGACUGAGGGGACCUCGCCUUGUUAAGAGACACGCAGAGGGCGAAGGAAGACCGGGAGCGUCCCUGACCCCACUCGUCUUCACAGCUUGUCCCGCGUGCCCAGGGCCGAGUGAGGAGGCAGCAGAGGGGAGCGUGGCUAUCCAUUUCCCCUCCUCACCCCUGGAUAUGUUUCAUGCUAAACCUGGCUGCUUCUUUGAUAUCGUGAAGUUGCGUGGGAAAUAAUCUGGGUUUCCGGUGUGACCGCAAGAAUAGCUACUCACCCAGGGGAAGGGAAAUGCAUCCUGGUUUGGAGACAAAACCUCCCUUUCCUAUAAUCGUUAGAAAGAAGAGGAGCCAAGUCCCGAGGCAUGAAGAUAGAUGUGUGUAAUGGAGUAAGACCUCAGACAGCUCCUGUCAUCUGCCGUUUGCCCUUCCAGACUGGAUUGUGAUCCAAGCGAGUUUUAAGAUUGUUUAAAGGGAGAAAAAUCCUCCUUUCGGUAUUCUUUUUUUCUUCUGCCUCCUUUUUUGGCUUCCUCAGGUAUGAGUGCCUCUGUGCAGCACCUUUUGCUGGUGCUCUUGCUCUCCAGUGCCACCCUGCUGCUCAGCACUGCGGCUGCUACCCAGAGUGAGGAGCGGUUGUGUGCAUUUAAGGACCCAUAUCAACAGGACCAUGGAAUCAGUGAGAAUCGAAUCUCUCAGGAGAAUGGCACAAUUUUAUGUGUGAAAGGCACCUCCUGCUAUGGACUUUGGGAAAAAACACGAGAAGGAGACAUACAUCUUGUAAAACAAGGAUGCUGGUCUCACAUAGGAGACCUACAGGAGUGUCAGUAUGAGGAGUGUAUAGUAACAACCACCCCUUCCUUGAUUCAGAAUGGAACGUAUCGCUUCUGCUGCUGCAGCACUGACUUGUGUAAUGUCAACUUCACUGAAAACUUUCCUCCUCCUGACCCAACGGAUACACCACUUUUCAAUUCAUCUAAUUCUUUUCACCGAGAUGAGACUAUUGUUAUUGCCUUGGCUUCAGUCUCUGUAUUAGCUGUUUUGAUUGCUGCUAUAUUCUUUGGAUAUAGGAUGCUUGCAGGGGACCGUAAGCAAGGUCUACACAGUAUGAACAUGAUGGAGGCAGCAGCAUCAGAGCCUUCACUAGACCUGGAUAAUCUAAAAUUGCUAGAACUGAUUGGCCGGGGGCGAUAUGGAGCUGUGUAUAAAGGUUCCCUAGAUGAGCAUCCGGCUGUAAAAGUAUUUUCCUUUGCUAACCGCCAGAACUUUAUCAACGAGAGGAACAUUUACAGAGUCCCACUGGACCAUGACACAUAUUGCCGCUUCAUUGUGGGCGACGAGCGAUUCACUGCAGAUGGACGUAUGGAAUAUUUGUUGGUGAUGGAAUAUUAUCCCAAUGGUUCUUUGUGCAAGUAUUUGAGUCUUCACACCAGCGACUGGGUGAGCUCCUGUCGUUUGGCACAUUCGGUAACCAGGGGCCUGGCAUACCUUCACACAGAGUUACCUCGAGGAGACCAUUAUAAACCUGCAAUUUCCCAUCGCGACUUGAACAGCCGUAAUGUAUUGGUGAAGAAUGAUGGAACAUGUGUAAUUAGUGAUUUUGGAUUAUCCAUGAGAUUAACUGGAAAUCGACUGGUACGUCCGGGCGAGGAGGACAAUGCAGCCAUUAGUGAGGUUGGUACAAUCCGCUAUAUGGCUCCUGAGGUGCUCGAAGGAGCAGUGAACUUGAGGGACUGUGAAUCUGCUCUGAAACAAGUAGAUAUGUAUGCACUAGGCCUUAUCUACUGGGAGAUCUUCAUGAGAUGCACAGACCUCUUCCCAGGGGAGUCAGUGCCAGAGUACCAGAUGGCAUUCCAGACAGAAGUUGGAAACCAUCCCACUUUUGAAGAUAUGCAAGUACUGGUGUCUAGGGAGAAGCAACGACCAAAAUUCCCAGAAGCUUGGAAAGAGAACAGCCUGGCUGUGAGGUCCCUUAAAGAGACGAUCGAAGACUGUUGGGACCAAGAUGCUGAAGCUCGACUGACAGCGCAGUGUGCUGAAGAGAGGAUGGCUGAACUCAUGAUGAUUUGGGAGAGGAACAAAUCAGUCAGCCCAACAGUCAAUCCUAUGUCUACUGCCAUGCAGAAUGAGCGCAACCUGUCACAUCACAGGCGUGUGCCAAAAAUCAGGCCAUAUCCAGAUUACUCUUCUUCCUCUUAUAUUGAAGACUCAAUCCACCACACUGACAGUAUAGUGAAGAACAUUUCUUCUGAGCAUUCAGUGUCCACUACACCAUUGACUUCAGGGGAGAAGAACAGAAACUCCAUUAACUAUGAACGACAGCAAGCACAGGCUCGCAUCCCUAGCCCUGAGACUAGUGUCACCAGUUUGUCCACCAACACAACUACCACCAACACAACUGGCCUCACGCCUAGCACUGGCAUGACUACCAUAUCUGAGAUGCCUUACUCAGAUGAAACAAACCAACAUGCUACAAAUGUCAUGCAGCCUGUUGGACCGACUCCUGUUUGUCUGCAACUAACAGAGGAGGACUUAGAAACCAACAAGCUGGAUCCAAAAGAAGUAGAUAAGAACCUAAAGGAGAGCUCUGAUGAGAAUCUGAUGGAGCAUUCCCUUAAACAGUUCAGUGGACCGGAUCCACUCAGCAGCACCAGCUCCAGCUUGCUUUACCCACUGAUCAAACUUGCAGCAGAGGUGACAGGACAGCAGGACUUCACGCAAGCUGGGAAUGGUCAAGCAUGUUUGAUUCCAGAUGUCCCAUCUACUCAGGUCUACCCUCUACCCAAGCAGCAGAACCUUCCGAAGAGGCCUACUAGUCUACCUUUAAACACCAAAAAUUCAACAAAGGAGCCACGACUGAAAUUUGGUGGCAAGCACAAAUCAAACUUGAAGCAAGUGGAAACUGGAGUUGCCAAGAUGAAUACGAUCAAUGCUGCAGAACCUCAUGUGGUAACAGUUACCAUGAAUGGAGUGGUUGGGAGGAGCCAAAGCAUAAACUCUCAUGGUGUAACAACCCAAUACGCCAAUGGUGCAGUGCCAUCUGGCCAGACAACCAGUUCAGUGGCACACAGGGCCCAGGAAAUGCUGCAGAAUCAGUUCAGUGGAGAGGACAGUCGGCUGAAUAUUAACUCAAGCCCCGAUGAGCAUGAACCUUUACUGAGACGGGAGCAGCAAGUUGGCCAAGAUGAAGGUGUUUUGGAUCGUCUAGUGGACAGGAGAGAGCGACCGCUGGAUAAUGGCCGAACAAACGCCAAUAACAACAACAGUAAUCCAUGUCUAAUGCAAGAUGUUACUACACUUGGCACCCAGAGAAUGACAACAUACCCUGGGCAGACGCAGACUAGAAGAGCACAGAGGCCUAAUUCACUAGAUCUAUCAGCCACAAAUUCUUUGGACAGCAGUAGCUUGCAAUUAGGUGACUCAUCACAAGAUGGCAAACCGGGCUCAGGAGAAAAGAUCAAGAAACGUGUGAAAACUCCAUAUUCACUUAAGCGGUGGCGCCCUUCAACAUGGGUCAUCUCCACUGAACCACUGGACUGCGAGGUGAACAACAAUGGCAGUGACAGGGCAGUCCACUCUAAAUCCAACACUGCUGUUUACCUGGCAGACGGCGGUACUGCCACAACAAUGGUGUCCAAGGAUGCAGGAGUGAACUGCCUGUGAAAUAUUUUAAAAGCCAACAAAAUGACAUUUUUGCAUUAUUUGAAACAAACAUGCAGAAGACAUUUUAAAAAACUGCUUUCUCCUCCUGUCAGCUCCCCCUGCCAAGAACUCGCUUUAAAUAGAUUUCAGCUAUGCAGAAAUUUUUUAGCUUAUGCUUCCAUAUUUUUUUUUCAUUUUUUGAACGUUUUUGCACUUUUAUUUAGUAUCGCUAAGGUUAAGUCUGUCUGUCUUUGACCACAGAAUUAUAUAUAUGUGUAUCAAAAAUGUGGUCUCAAAAUAUUUUUUUAAAAAAAAUAACAAAAAAAAUAUUGCUGAUAAUCAGUUUGGACCAGUUCCUAAAGGUCACUAAAAACAUAAGCAGACUAUAAGGGUAUGUCUACACUACGGGAUUAUCCCGAUUUUACAUAAACCGGUUUUGUAAAACAGAUUGUAUAAA